GUGUGUUAAUGAGCUGAUUAGUCUAGUCAGGUGUGUAGGGGAGACAAAGCUUCAACCUUUUUUCACACUUCCGUUUGAUUGCUAUAAGCAGGUAAACACAUUCAGACCACGGAUCUUAAAGACAUGCAGUGACCUUGAAAUGGAGCCACUACAAGAUAAUCCACAAUCCAUAAUUUCCUCUCAACAUGACAAGGAUGUUCAAGAUUUGCUGAAACGGCUCAAGGAUGCAACUUCUAAACUGCAGAGAGUGAAGUCUGAAAGGGAGGAAGUGAACAAGGAGGUUCAUCAGUGCCGUGAAGAAAUGGAUCGCAGGAUGCUGCUGGUGCUGCAUGUGGAUGAUCGAGUGUGUGAUGCACUGAUGGAGCUGGAAGCUGCAAAGCAGAAAAAACAGACAUUGAUUCAACUGAUUCAGACACUGAACACACACGCUCGGCAUUUUGGAAUAAUGCAGGGAGCCGAAGCUAAGCAGCGUGUGUGUGAGUGUGAUGCAGAGGCAGGUGGAGGAACUGGAAGAGGAGGAGAACAAGCUGAAACUGCAGUGUGAACAAGUGAAGAUAGCACUGGAUGAUGAUCAGGAGGUUUGAAGGAAACCUGACUGUAGCAGAUCCGAACUGACCCAAAGUCCUGACCUAAAGUCCUGACCUGAAGUCUUUGGAUGAGGAAUUCAACAAGAAUUUACACAAAGAAUAAUACUAAUACUGUACCCUCCAGAAUUAUUGGCACCCUUCAUGAAAAUGAUUAUACAAAAAAUGUUAUUUUGGGCUCACAUAUCGUUUUAUUAAAAACAUGUAAUUAGUGCAUUUUUCUUACUUAUUAUCUCACAAUUGUGACAAUUUUUUUGACAUAAUUCUUUAUAAUGGAUUUUCUAGUGCUCCAUGGGAUGUUCAAAGUUUGAAUAUUUUUUUUAUAACCAAACCCUGAUUAAUACCUUUCCAGAAAUUUUAGCCCCAUGGUCUUCAUGAUGCUGUUUGAUUAAAUGUGUUCUCUAAUAAACUGUGUGCCUUCUAGGAACAGGUGUAUUUA